AAAAAAAAAAAAAAAAAAAAUUUGCGUCGACGUAAAUUCACAAGUAUAACGCAUUUAAUAAUAUAGAACGAUUUCUCAUUUUGGUGAACGAAAAAUGUUCAAAAACACUUUUCAAAGUGGUUUUUUGUCAGUUCUUUAUAGCAUAGGCAGUAAACCAUUACAAAUUUGGGAUAAAAAGGUUAGAAAUGGACAUAUUAAAAGAAUUACAGACAAUGACAUCCAAAGUUUAGUUUUGGAAAUUCUUGGUAGUAAUGUUAGUACAACCUACAUUACAUGUCCAGCUGAUCCUAGAAAAACUUUAGGAAUUAAAUUGCCAUUUCUCGUUAUGAUAAUCAAAAAUUUGAAGAAGUAUUUUACUUUUGAAGUACAAAUUAUAGACGAUAAGAAUGUAAGAAGACGUUUUCGAGCAAGUAAUUAUCAGUCAACGACAAGAGUUAAACCAUUUAUUUGUACAAUGCCAAUGAGGCUCGAUGACGGCUGGAACCAAAUACAAUUUAACUUAGCAGACUUCACUCGACGAGCUUAUGGUACAAACUAUGUAGAAACUCUAAGGGUACAAAUUCAUGCUAAUUGUCGAAUUCGAAGAGUUUAUUUUUCAGAUCGUCUAUAUUCUGAAGAUGAAUUACCAGCUGAAUUUAAAUUAUUUUUACCUAUUCAGAAUAAAGCUAAAUGUUGAUAAUACAUAGACCGUUUAAAACUUUCAUUAUGAUUAAUAUUUACUAGAAAAUUUUAACAAACAAACAAAAAAGAAUAAAAAUCAACACGAUAAAAGUAUAUUUAAGUAAUUAUGUGACUGAAAACUAAUGACACUCAAUAUUAAUAGAAAUAAAAUUUGCAAACGAAAAUAUCAUUCUUUCUCUAUUAUUAGUCUUACAACGGAAUAUAUUCAUUAAUCUAUAUACAGAAAGCUUAUUCCGUAAUCACAUUUUCACUUCAUAUAA